AUGGCAUCUGCAGCUGUGGUUUGUGGUGGUUGUCUUUCGUUGCUACUGUUCAUCUUACAGGCAGUGGCGUUAGGAACACAUUAUUGGUAUGUCAUAGAAACUGUGGUCGGAACGACCAAAAUAGCUGCUGGCCUCUUUCGGAUCUGUGUCGAGUUAAGCCUUCUUGGCACCUCCACAAGCAAAUGUUAUACCUACAGCGACUACACCACUUCGGCAAAUCUUCUGGGAUUCAACUACUAUGCCAUUGUGGCACUCAGUGUCAUUGGCUGUAUCCUGCUCUUCUGUAAUGUCGUUGUGGGGAUUGCGGGGUGUGCCAGUAGCAGACCAGGGCGUCCAACCGUCCAAAACUUGAGCGGUAUUUGGUUCGGUGCAGGUGGUUGCAUUAUCGCUGCUGUGGUUUGGUUCUACAUCACCCAAUAUGAGGAUUCUAAAACACUGCUGUCCUUGACCUCCCUGUUUGAAAUCAGUCUUGGGUAUUCCUUCUACUUAGCUGCUGUGGUUGGUGCAGGAUCCAUUGUGGCCGCUAUAGCAAUGUGCAUUGUAGCUAGUCAGAUGGACGUUCCACAGACUGUCGCCCCUUCGGUAGCUCCCGCGGGACCACAGGUGUUUGUGAUGCACUCAAAUGUCCAACAGCCAGGAAUUCAACAAGCAGGAGUUGCAGGCUAUCCACAACCUGGUUACCCACAACCUGGUUAUCCAUAACUGGAACCGGAUAUGGGGUUAACCAAUGAUAACCCAAACGCCACCACGUUAACUUUUUAUUGUACCAAGAGUGUCUUUUUGGUUUUCUUUAGAUCGUGAUUGAACUAGAGUGAGAUCAAGAUUUAGUUUGAGAAAUGCCGUUUUGAGGUGUUAAUUUCAAGAUUGGGGUACCAACUGUACUUAUACGGAGAUGUAAAUGUGUUUAGUUUAAACAAUAUUAAAGUCACUAGGCAGUGGACAUAUCUCUCAUUACAUAACCCUUUUAACUGUAGUAAUGGAUGUCAUUAAUAUAACCAUGUAGUUUGUGCUGAAGUAGACAUGAUGUCAAUAGUAUGAUUUUAUUAUCAAAAGUGGAAACAAGUAAUUUUAAAACAAAUAUUAGGGAUACCUUUAGUUAAUCUAUGGUUGGUGUAAUGCGUUAAAAACAUCCCAAAACAUAUGCUGGACUGAGAGGACAGGCGAUUUACAGAGAGAUAUUUAGUCAGUACGGUUUGGAUGUCACUGGAAACAGC